AUGAAUGCCCUCACUCCAGAGCAAGUGGCCUCGUACCACAAAAACGGUUAUCUUCUUUUGCGUGUCAAUGAGCAUCAGCUUGUCGAUCCGAUCGCUUUGAAGCAGUGGACCGAGGACAUCAAGGGCUGGCCUCGCGUCAAGGGCAAAUGGAUGCCUUAUGACGAGAUCAACAUUAAAGGCGAACGACAACUCAUGCGUACUGAGCGUUUUGUCGACUUCCACCCACAGUUUAAAGAGUUGGUUUGCGGCGAGAAACUCGGCGAGAUUCUCAAGGCCGUCUCCGGUGAUGAUAUGCUCCUCUUCAAAGACAAAAUCAACUACAAGCAGCCUUUCGGCAAUGGCUUCCAAGCACACCUCGAUGCACCGGCUUACGACCAUAUCGGUCGCAUCGAGCACGUGACAGCUAAUGUCGCCAUUGAUGCUGCCACCCUUGCUAAUGGAUGUCUGGAGGUGGUCCCUGGUUCACACAAGAUGGAUGUAGAGUUCGAAAGCCAUGGUCGAAUCAAACAGUCAUGGGAAGCUGCCCAUGAGUGGAUCACCAUUCCGCUGGAUCCUGGUGACAUGCUGAUCUUCGGCUCGCAUCUUGCGCAUCGCUCGGCAGAGAAUAAAACCAGUGAGAGCCGUUCUAGUCUGUAUGCCACUUUCCAUUCGAAGAAGGAUGGCUUGGACUUGCGAGAAAGGUACUAUAAGCAUCGAAUGGAGAAUUUCCCUCCAGAGCAUGAGCGCGUGGAAGGCAAAGAUUAUUCGGCUGGUUAUCGCACUUAUGGGUUUGCUGCACCGUUUACUCGUGCGAGCCAAAUCGCUUCUGAUGCUCCUGCUGCCGCUGCUAUUCCUGUCGUGUCUCAGCAGUCGUAA